AUUUUUAGACAGUCCUAAAUAAAAACUUCAAACUUUGCCUUUCUUCGUCGUGGAGCGACUGCGAGGAAUUAAUAAAGAAAACCAUGGGAAAAGGAAUAAUGGAUCCAUUCGGAAACGUCAAUCCCCCAGAGGUCGAAAACGAUGAUAGGAUUUACCUCGUUCUUCCAGGCUCGGUUACCCUGAGACCAGUCGAGCUUCAAAAUAUAGGGGGAUCAUGCUCCUUACCCUCGGCUAGUCACAUAUCGACUGAUUUCCUUCCCAUGGGGGAGGGAACUACCUUCUCAGGAACUUAUCAUCAAGAAAUUCCUCCACAAGAUGAUUUCAAGAUACCACAUGUAUCACAACUACAGAUCGAUAAGCAGUUAUCUACUACAUCCCAACCACCACGAUCCAAAAAGAAGCGAGGCCGCCGACCUAAAGUAAGAAAAUCCGUCCCACAAACUCCCCCACGCGUGAAGAAAUACGACCUCGAGCCGACCACGGAACGCAUCCGUAACGCGGUUACUGCCCGGCGGAACAGAAUCUUGGCCAAGGAGCGAGUCGAUAAAAUGAAAAAUGACCUUGCCCUUAAAGACGGCAUCAUCUCGGGACAAGGCAAGACCAUCGCACGACUAAAUUUGCAAAUUUCCGAGUACGAACGAAGAUUUGAAAUAAUUCGCAGCGUAACCAAGCAUCCAAUAAACGCACCGAUGGACGACACAAAUCUUAACGUGGACUUCAUCACGAUUAAUUUGGAGAAUGUGUGACCUCUUUUUCGACAAAAUAUGCCAUGUUUUACAAAGUUUACUACACUCUUGAAAAUAAUGCUACCAUUUUGAAACGUAAAUAUCAACUUUACUUUUCAGUAAUUUACUAAUUUUGGAUGAUCCCCAGUAUAUUUUUAUUGUCGGAAUUCGACGAUAAAAAUUGGACUCGAUCUAAUUCCCACUGAUAUAUUGGUACUGGGACCAUUCAAAAUCAGUAAUUAUACACAUUUUCUCUAAACCUGUACCUCUGGACUGGUCGGUGACGAUUUUUAUAAUUGUCCUAAAAAACGAUAAAGGGUCUAAUUUAUUAGUCGAGAAGUUCCGGCGGGAGAAAUUAGAGACCUCGAAGUACAAAUAUGCAUCUGUGAUAAUGACAGGGUACGUUCUAAAACAGUAUGUUGCUCUCCCCCGCAAAUGGUUUGGGGCCGUGUAUAAAUUACGUCGUGAAAAAUCGCGAUUUCUGGACCUCUCCUCCCCAUUUGACAUGUACAAAUGUAUGGCAGAGGCACGAUAUCAUUGGAGUUUUACACACCCGCCCCUCACAUUACGUAAUUUAUGGAAGGCCCCUCAGGUCAAAAUGUGUCUGUUAAAAUAUGUAGCAAAUUUUUGUAUUUACAUAAAUAUAUCCGAUAACUAUAAUAAAUAAAAAUGAAACAAUUUCGG